CCAUCCUUUGACCAAGAAUCCAAAAAGAUCAGAGUCUGAGGGUAAUAAAAUAGAGAACAAAUCAGAAAUUCCUAACCCUAACUCUCGAUCCUCUUCAUUGCCGUCAGCUUUGAUAGGAGAGAGAUCGAUCACCUCGCCGGCGCCGGUAAGAAUCGGUUGUGAUUUGGGGCGCGAGUUGCCAGCUGAAGCUUGGGAGGAGAAGAUUGAUUUCGAUUAUGGCUGGUAAGGAAGCCAAGGGUGCUGAUGGUGGUGCCAAGGGUGGUAGUAAUAAGGGUAAAAAGAAGGAAGUGAAAAAGGAGACUGGUCUUGGUCUCACCAACAAGAAGGAUGAGAAUUUUGGAGAGUGGUACUCUGAGGUAGUUGUUAGUGGUGAAAUGAUCGAGUAUUAUGACAUUUCUGGCUGUUACAUCCUACGGCCAUGGGCGAUGUCCAUUUGGGAGAUCAUGCAAGAAUUCUUUGAUGCUGAAAUUAAGAAAAUGAAGAUUAAGAACUGUUACUUCCCACUUUUUGUAUCGCCUGGUGUUCUUGAAAAAGAGAAGGAUCACGUUGAGGGGUUUGCACCUGAGGUUGCCUGGGUUACCAAGUCAGGGAAAUCUGAUUUGGAAGUUCCAAUUGCUAUUCGUCCAACUAGUGAAACUGCCAUGUAUCCUUAUUACUCUAAAUGGAUAAGGGGACACCGAGACUUACCUUUGAGGCUCAAUCAAUGGUGCAAUGUUGUAAGAUGGGAGUUCAGCAAUCCUACUCCAUUUAUCAGGAGUCGUGAGUUUCUUUGGCAAGAAGGGCAUACUGCUUUUGCUACAAAGGAGGAGGCAGAUGCUGAGGUUCUAGAUAUAUUAGAGCUCUAUAGACGUAUAUAUGAAGAGUUCUUGGCUGUUCCCGUUAUAAAGGGGAAGAAAAGUGAGCUGGAGAAAUUUGCUGGUGGACUGUAUACUACAACUGUUGAGGCUUUUAUUCCAAAUACUGGCCGAGGUAUUCAAGGAGCAACAUCCCACUGCUUGGGACAAAAUUUUGCUAAAAUGUUUGAGAUUAACUUUGAAAAUGAGAAGGGGGAAAAGGCUAUGGUCUGGCAGAAUUCCUGGGCGUACACCACCCGAACAAUUGGGGUGAUGAUAAUGGUUCAUGGCGAUGAUAAAGGCCUGGUGCUGCCUCCAAAAGUUGCAGCAACCCAAGUAAUUGUAAUUCCAGUGCCCUACAAGGAUGCUGAUACUCAAGGGAUCUUAGAUGCAUGUGCCGCAACAGUGAAAACAUUGUCUGAAUCAGGUAUUCGUGCUGAAGCAGACUUCAGAGACAAUUAUUCUCCAGGCUGGAAGUAUUCACAUUGGGAGAUGAAGGGCAUCCCUCUCAGGAUUGAAAUAGGGCCAAAGGACCUUGCUAAUAAGCAGGUGCGUGUUGUACGCCGGGAUAAUUCGGCUAAAUCUGAUAUCCCCAUGGAUAGCUUGGUUGAAAAGGUAAGAGAAGUGCUGGAUGAAAUCCAGCAAAGCCUGUUCAGUGUUGCGAAACAAAAGAAAGAAACGUGCAUCAAGGUUGUAAAAACUUGGGAGGAGUUCCUUGAAGCUCUGAGCCAAAAGAAACUGAUUUUGGCUCCAUGGUGCGAUGAAGAGGAGGUGGAGAAGUCUGUUAAAGAACGGACGAAAGGGGAAAUGGGAGCGGUCAAGACCCUCUGCUCUCCAUUUGACCAGCCAGAGUUGCCAGAAGGGACUUUGUGCUUUGCCUCGGGAAAACCAGCCAAGAAGUGGAGUUACUGGGGGCGCAGCUAUUAGACUACACUUUUUACCUCUAUUCAAACUUGUUUGUGGGGAUUUGAAAACCCCUUGAGAGAUUGUUAGAAAUUAUCAGGACGAAUCUAUACAAACUUUGAUCCCAUUUGCUUUGUGCAAUUGUUUUGAAAUCCUUAAUACUAGUGGCACAUUGAUCCACUACUUUCAGGGACUAGACAAAUACUAAUGUAUUGAUGUUGUAGUUGACCAGAGUUGAAAGCUAUUUCUCGGCAGUACCAUUUUUGUCUUCUUCCAA